AUGGCGAUGCGAGCCUUGAUACAAGCUGUUCUGGCAACGGUGGCCGCCGGCCUGUGUGGCGACGACACGGCCUGCCAGCUCGAGAUGGCGGCGAAGUUUGCGCCCGAGAUGCGGCUGGACAAGAACACCUUGUCGCGAGACCGGUGUUUGCCUGGACAUCCCGCGGACGUGUACUGGCAGAGAAAAGCCGGACACACUGAUGUCAUUUGCGAGUCCGACGUCUCGAAACUGGAGAACGGCGAGGUGCCUACGUUCUACCACUACGAGGAGUGCGCCGGGGAUGAGGUGGUUGCCAUCGACUACUUCGUCUGGUAUAGCCAUCAAAAAGAGUGCCUCAAACUCGGGUUUGACGCGGUGAAGAGCGAGAUCUUCGGAGACCACCCGGGGGACUGGGAGACGGUGGCCGUGCAGAUUGUGCAUGGCGAGGUCCGGAAGGUUCGUUUCCACCAGCACAGCGGCUCUUAUUCUCUGCCCCCAAAGAGCGUGGAGUUUGUGGGCGACACGCAUCCCGUGGCCUAUGUGGGGUUGGAUAGCCAUGGAUCCUACCACGACCAGGGCGGUACCGGGAAUUGCUUGUACUUCCAGGACUACCGACGGUUUGAGGAUGAUCGACUGAAGUUGGAGGGGUGGCGAUUUCUGCUCGACACGAAGAAUAGGAGCGAGAACAUGCCGGAGUGGCACAAUGGAAACAGGGCCUACUUGGAUGGCUUCCCCACCCCCAGCGAGAAGGGCUUCGGCUGCGGGUACCAGUCCUGCAAGGGCACGGACUCCUGGGUGGCGGCGACCGGGAUCUGCACAGGGAAAGCCUGUGGCUGCCGCAAGAGCGAAUGGUGCGAUGACAUCCCCUUCGGCAACGUGACGGAAGAGAAGCCGUGCGAGCAGAGCCUGGCGAAUGACGUCUCAGAGAAGGUCAAGGACUUGCUCUUCGGGAAGUCAGCGCAGGUCAGUUCAGCGCAGCCCGUAGGUUUCGCCGCGGCGCUCGGCGUGGCGAUGUUCGCGAUGUGA